CCUUAUCCAUUUCUCUUGCCAGAGAGAGAUCUUUCCAAAAACCUCACGUUUUCCUACGUUUUCCAGCAAUCCAAACAGACCUCAAAGGAAAAUUGUCAAUGGCUUCUCUUGUAGAAGGUACUUUGCAGACAAGCUUUAACAACCCAUUUGUCUCAUUAUCACCAACACCACCUAAGACUUCACUAGCUUCUUCUUCAGUCAUUUCUACCAAGACCCAGAUCCCAAAAUCAUCUCUCAAGUCCUGUUUUUUAGGCAAAAAUAUGAGCUUUAUUGAGUUGGGAAGGACAGCAAGGACUCCUUUAACCCAUGGUGGUUACUCAGUUAAGAUGUCAUGGGAUGGUCCACUUCACUCUGUCAAAUUAAUCAUUCAAGGCAAAAACUUGGAGUUAACUGAUACAGUUAAGAGACAUGUGGAAGACAAAGUAGGAAAGGCAGUUCAAAAACAUAGUCAUCUUGUUAGGGAAGUUGAUGUAAGAUUGUCUGUUAGAGGUGGAGAGUUGGGGAAAGGUCCGAGGAUUAGAAGAUGCGAGGUGACUUUGUUUACAAAUAGGCAUGGAGUGGUGAGAGCAGAGGAAGAUGCUGAGACAAUCUAUGCAAGUAUUGAUCUGGUGUCGUCAAUUAUUCAAAGAAAGUUGAGGAAGAUUAAGGAGAAGGAGUCUGAUCAUGGUAGACACAUGAAAGGGUUUAAUAGGCUGAAGGUUAGAGAACCAGUGCCACAAGUGGUGGAGGGUGAUGCGGAUGAAGUUUCACAGCAAGAAGUUGAGGACUCCAUCGAAGAGGUUGUUCGCACAAAGUUUUUUGACAUGCCACCUUUGACUGUCUCGGAAGCUAUUGAGCAGCUGGAAAAUGUCGAUCAUGAUUUCUAUGGUUUCAGGAAUGAAGAAACUGGUGAGAUAAAUAUUGUUUACAAAAGAAAAGCUGGUGGAUAUGGUCUCAUCAUACCUAAAGGAAAUGACGAAGCUGAGAGAUUAGAGCCUUUGGUGGUAGAACCAGCUAGAGAAUCAUCAUUGGCAGAGUAACCAGGCCUAGAAAAUAAGAUCUUCCUAAAAAAUAGAUUACAAAACCCACGUUUUUGGUAAUGCUGUGUAUACAAUGCUAAGGCAUCUAAGAGAGCAUGAUAUAGGGUUCGAGACCUGGUGAACGCACACUAACGAGAUGUCAUGACAUGAUUGUACUGGUUAUUAGAUUUUGGAAGAUUAGGUUCAGUGUGCCGUGUCCCAACUUUUACUGGAAUGAGAAGACAAAUCUUGAAAUCAAUUCGAUAAAGUCUUCUUUCCAUGCGGACGAGUCUUGACUAUUUUCUCUUUCCUGUGGAUUUUCACUUCUUUGUUAUGUAUGGAAAUCAAUACGAUAAAGUCUUCUUUCCUGUUGUA